UCUCUUUCCAGGGAUAUGAACAGAGGAGGGGCGAGUUGUUCGUCGAGGGAGGCGCACAGGCACCCCGCUGCCGGAUCAUCAAGUGAGCGGAAUAAGGCAGCCACCCUUAUCGCCGUUUGUCACUGUGUGCGGCUGUGGCUGCCUGCAGGACCAUGGCGGAGGAGAUCUUUGUCGUUUCGUCUUCUCCUGGCUGUGGCUGCGGCUCUGUCGACGCCCUCGGCAACAGUCGAGGGGACAGAGCAGGUGCGCUUCCUUCUGAUCUCGUCUGCAUCGGAGAGGCGUGUGUCGUACAUUCCCAUCCAGGGGGAGGGGCCCCUCACCACACACAUGGACCUGCGACCACUCAUUAGUGUCAGUCGGCAAGAGGAGCAGCAGAAGGAUAAGGAGAAUGAAGACGAAGAGCCAGCAGCAGCCCAGCAGCAGCCGGACACCAAGGCCCCGCCCUUUCUGGCGCAGCCGGCGGGCAUCUGUGUGGACAAGCGGGCACAUCGGCUCUAUGUUGCUGAACCGCUCAGUCGCAUGAUCCUCUGGUAUGGUCUGGCGGUGAAGGAUGGCCAGCUGACAGCGGACGACGGGCCCCAUGUGGCACAGGACAACGUGGAUGCUCGGUGGGUGGCCGUGGAUGGGGCGGGGGACCUCUUCUGGACGGAUAGCGACAACAACAAAAUAAUGGUGGGCCCGACCUGACAAGAGAGGACACGGCAUCUAGCCUUGGCUUUUGUGGGUUUGUGCCCGUGCAGAAGGUGUCCACAGCGUGUUUAUCGGACUCCGCCAAUGCCUCCAAGCAGCCGUGCAACGCCACAGAUGUCAACGGCACUGCAAUGGAGCUUUACUCUGCACCGAUCACCAACCAAGUCUCAGAACCAGCAGGCAAAACCAUAUGCACGCCUUCCGGUCUUUCCAAUCAUUCGAGUCUCCUAUUUUGUUUUGUCUGUCCGGCAGGCGUCAAAGCGGACGUCAACCACGUCUAUUGGGGCAACCAAGUAGCGGGCAUGCAAGACGGGUCAGUGCAGGCGAGACACGACAAAGCUCACGUGCGCACCUGCUAGGCUUUGUCGUUGUCUUCAUCUAAUUGUCGGCAGCGCACUCAUCAAGGGCAACAAGACGACGGCAGGCGGGCUCAAGGUUCACACGCUGGCCAACAACACUGAGAAGGCCAUCGGCGUCUGCGUGGCACCCAGACACAUAUUCUACACUGACGGGUGGGUGCGUGGUGACGAGCACAUCUCGCCAUGAUCUCUUUCGUCCGCUUUGGUUCUUGUGCGUGCAUUUGUAGUGAGUAUGGUCGCAUCUACGGUGUUCGUAAGGGUGGUUCAGCGGUGACAGUGGUGGCGCAGACAGGCCUAUCGCAGCCCAGGGGGUGCACAUGGGAUGACGACAACACCAUUUUCGUCGCAGGUAUGCAUGUGUGCAGACACAUGGGACGGGCCAGGUGUUUGGUGAAUAUAUGUAUCUCCCCUGCAGAUAAGGGCUUGGGAACUGUGUGGUCAUUUGCUGCUGGGACCAGCCUCGCACCUAGAAUGCUAUCAAAGGUGGCUGAGUGCCUGCACGGGUGAGUGUAUGUGUGCAGGUGUUCCUUUCCCUGUGUUUUGUGCAGCAUCUGCCCGACCACUCGUUUCCUGGUGCGCUUGACGUGGCGCAUUAUGCCGUCGAGGCGCCGCAGUCGGACUCGAUCAUCACCAAAACCGUCAAAUACGUCUCAUCAAGUGAGCCAAGAAAGAAUGUCGUCAUGUGGGUGUUGUGUGCAAUGUGUCUUCUCCGUCUGUCUGUCUGGUCCGUGCAGUAUUCGGCGGUGGGUGGACCAAGUAGCUUUGUUGGAGGCCAUGCGUGUCCACAGAGACGAGGGCGUGCACGACCCAGUGUAUGUCAUAUGACGCGUAGUAGGGUGGAGAGGGAUAGACCUCAUUUCAUGGAUAUCGUGCGUGAAUCGUUGAUGUUGUCACAUAGGGCUCAUUGAAGGUCUCUGGGUUGCCUAGCUGACAGCGGGCCCAGUGGCUUGAAUCAAUCACACACACACACGCUCGCGCACCGAUUCUCGUCGAAUGCGUGUGGCUAAGUGCAUUAAACUAUUCUUAAGAAGCGCAUUGACUCCAAUCAUAUGUGUGUGCAUUCAUUCCCUGAUGGACAAGUCUCCUCCUAAUGUGGCCUUUAUGGUGGACUGUCAGUCGUCAACAGCUGCAAAUCGCACCUCAGUGUUGGGGUCACGGCGAUAGCACUUUUUGAUCGAUCCGUGUGGCAGAUAGACGAGGCCACACACACAUGAAUUGAAUGCACACAUCCGGGUGUCUGAGUCUGAGUGCACAUCCAUCUUUGGAUGGGAUGGAUGGUCGUGCUGAUCAAAAUUUUGCACGUCAGAGAGCU